GUCAGGGACGAAGUCGGCGACAUCGCAAGCUCGGAUGACAUUGACAACGUGGUGCUCAUGCAGACGGAGGCUACCAUAAGCAUAUGCAACGAGCAUAUACAGUCUGUCUCGAGCUACUACGUCAACAGGCUAAAGAAGUACCUCCGCCUCAGAGUAAGAACAUGGAUCAACGCGUACAAGUUGCAGCAAGAUUGGAUGAAGUGGAGCGCCCCACACCUCAUGACCGACAUGUACGUCUUCCCUAUUUACAGCCAGAUAGCUAGUACGCAUGGCGACAAGCGGAAAAUGGCCAUGGAGAUGUGCUGGGGAGCCUGGCAAAAAGGGCAAGUUGGCAAGGGGAAGAACACCCAAAACUACGAUAAAUGUGACUCCAAGGACGGCGACGAGGAGCAGUACUACACAGACGAGGUCUACAAAGGAAUGGGACGUAUCGAAGGUAGCUUCGCAACUAAUAACCAAGGAUUCGAAAUGAAGGAGUGCCAGGCCCAGGCCAGCUGGACAGCCCCUUUUGCACCUGAGCCAGAACAGCCACGGCACGAACAAGUCGAGGCCAAGCGAGCAGAACUUCGCUACAAGUUAUCCACCGCGGCACGGGCAUGGAGCUUCGAGCAAGCGAUGUGGGACGCGAAUGUGGCAUACAACGACUGGCUCUAUUGGUGCAUCCCAGCUGUCACAAGACGGCAUGGCAAAUGCUCGCACAGGAUGUACAUGAUCCUCCACAGGUCUGGCAACACCUGCUUGCAGCACAUCGUGCUCACCGAGCUGGCGAUGGAAUUGCAAAGGAGCCACCAGCCCCACAGCAACAACAG